AUGGAAACCUUUUACUAUCCGACAGUCGGUCUGAGGAUGGAAGCUCUGAGCGAGGCUGACGAGAAAGCUUUGCGUCGAGAGAUCACCAAGACGUUUCAAAUGCACGCGUUCGAACUCAAAAGGUUCAGACUAGCAAGAAACGUUUUGAGCGAAAUAUUCAGAGAAGCCGUCAACCUGUGCGUCCAACUCUUCUCGAAAAACGACAGGGCACAGCGCAGUCGUUGGAUGAACACGAUGAUCGACGUCCUCAGGAAGCAAACAUGUCAGUUUCUCGUCCAAUCAUCUCAAAAGACGGCGAAAAGUUCUCAGUGAUAUCUCCGCUGGUGACAGAAGACGUCCUCCGCGACAUUCUUAAGCAGUGUCGGUCGAAGAAUGUCGACAACGCGUAGGUUUUUGCUUCUUGAGGGUGCAAAGUAGUCCUUUGCAGUGGAAAGCUCCUCAACGUCUUCGAUGCCUUCACAAUGGACGCUUACGAUUACAACGUCGAUCUUCGGAAAAUGGUCCGGAGGUUGGAAUGGAGAAGCACAUUUGAAUUCGUGCAUGAGUUUUUUCGAUCGAAAAACAUCAAAAAAGGCCUAGUUCGAUUUCUGCAUCAUUGUAUGAGAUCAUUUUUGCAUAGGCGAAAGUGAAGAAUGAAUACACGAGCUAGGGUUUUGAGGGAAAUUAGGGAAAUCUCUUUUUUUCUGAGUUUCCUAAAAAGAAAACAAACGAAUGCGCAAAACCAAAUUUAUUCUCGCAAAAAAGUAAAACAUAACACAUUGAGUUGAUUGUGAUAGGACUGCAUUUUGCACGAAUUCAGCAUAUGAAUGGUACAAAGACAAAUAAGGAGUUCAGAGCGAAGACGAAGUCUGUGGCCGCUCGUUCGGAGUCCUUCUCCCAUUCCUUGCGCCAGCGCUUCCUGCUGGUCAAACAGGUUUUCGACCUCCGAACCAACAGUUCUACAAAGUAAAUUCAGAGAGCGGCCCGAUGUGCUUCUCUGAAGCAGAUCAAGUUCACAAGCAUCGAAGUGCUUCUGAGCUCGAUGAAGAAGUUGCAAAGCGUGGUCGUCCUCGGGAUGCUGACCCAGCAGAAAGUCGUCUUUCCCCUCUCAGUUCGAUCCGGAAUCCCUCGGUUCAGGCCGACUGCUACCACAUCGAAGAUCUCACGGGGUCCGUGGAGGUCGAGUUCAAUGCCGACACGCGCUUUCAUCACGCUCUUUUUGCAGAAGGAACCAUCGCGAUUUAUGAGGUUUUGGUUUGAUCGUUGGACGCAUAGUUUCGAAAAUGUUCAUUCUCUUUGAUCUCCUCUGUUUUCUCGAGCAGACGGGGAAAACAUAAAUUGGUUUUAGCUCUGUGUAUUUUGAAAAAAAAAAACUACCUACGAAGGUAUUCCCUGAACUCAAAACGGGUUUUUUUAAAAAAAUACUCAACUUUUUCCAAAUCAAUUUCAGUUAAUUUUUUUGCUGGAUAAAUAUUUUUUUACCAGUUAUUCUUGAAAGCAGCUGUAAAUUAUUCCAAAUGCGGUUCUUCCAGUUCGAAGUUAUAAUUAACACUAUCUCGGACAUUAGUAACGCAAACCGAACGCGAAUCGGACAUGUCGGCGGCAUUUCUAGUGACUUCUUCAGUAGCAUCAGCACUCUUAAGUGAUCUCUAGAUAUGCUCAAAAACGUCCGGUUUGCGUUACCGAGAUCCGAGAGAAGUUUUUGUAUCCGUGUGAAAUAAAUUUUGAUUGAAUUUCACUAUCUCUGAAAUUCCUAUUCACGUCUCAUAAAUGUUUCCCCUUGCUGCCUCUGUUUUAGCCAAAAGAUGGGUUUUUCAAAUAAAAAAUGGGAUUUAUUCCGAUGGACUUCUAGGGAAGCUACGAUGGAACCGUGUUGCUGGUCAACGAAGUGGCGCUGGUUCCCGUCGAAUCGGCUGACGUCACUCGAAAAGAACUCGCGUCGAAUGAAAAUUGGUUCGGCGGCGAGGAAAAGGUCAUAUCUUCCUCAAAUGGAAAACCAUCUCAGACAGAAACUCCAGAACCCAAAGUCUUCAUGAAGAAAAAUAUGUUUCUAUGUGUUCAGUUGGCCUUCCGGUGCAACGAUCGUCUGCGGGCGGCGCUGAUCCAGCACGCGGAGGCGUCGAUCGUCUUCGUUGCUGACGUGUUUCUUGACGAAGAUCGGGUAGCUCAAAAUCCUUCUCAGAUGUCAUCUCUUGGGGUCCAGGUUCUGAAGGCCAUGUACUCGUUGCUCGAAGGAUACUCGAAGAUUCCGCCGGUCUGCUUCGUUUUUUGCGGCAACUUCUGCUCGAAGACGCGCCAGCCGGAAACCAUGGAACUGCUGGAUCGCGGAUUCAGAUGGUUUCCAAAGACAGUUUUCCCGAAAAACUGCCAUUUACAGGCUGGCGAACCAGUUGAACGAGUUCAGCGACUCCUAUCGCCAGACGCACUUCGUCUUUGUUCCGGGGCCGGAUGACCCAUACGUCGAUUUGGUAUUUGACUCGAAGUUUCGGAUAGAAUCUCUCUCGAUCACUUUUCGCAGGUUACUCCGCGGCCCAAUUUGCCAUCUUCACUAUUUGAACACGUCUCUGCCGUCGUCAACUGCACCUUUGCCAGCAAUCCUGCACGAAUCCAAUACGCCAGUCAGGAGAUUGUCGUUUUCCGCAGCAAUCUUGCCGAGAAGAUGUGCAGGUCCGUUUUCAUUCGCCUUUCGUGUUCACAGAUUAGUCAAAUUUUUCGGUGGGAUGAAAAAGAUGAUUAUACACAUAAAAUUAAUUUUUUUUUUUUCAUUCAAUAAAAGUCGCAAAACCAAGAUAAUAUCAGAAAAAAAAAGCAAAGAGAAGUUUAAUAAACACGUUCCUUGUGCUCAAAAAACAUUGAUAACUGCUUAAGAAAGUUCUUUUUGUCCAUUUCUGGCACAGAUCAAUCAGCAAGAAUCGAAAAAGUUUGAACCGUCUCUUUUUUUUUGCUGGUGAACUCAUAGAAACUGGAAUAUCACGUAACCAAAAAAGAGAGAGAGCAAAGAGGAUUGAGACUGUUUUAAGUUGUGGCAAGCGAUAUAUAAAAAAUUAUUUCUAGAAAACGCCUUUUUUGUUUGUUCUAAACAUAGGCGAACGGUUAGAACAGAUAUUCAAAAAGAGAAGCAAUGAAACUUUUGUUAUAAAAGCCCACAGUUUGAACUUGUUUUAUUUCCAACCUUUGAAUGCACAUUUUUAAAGUAUAAGCAAAGUGCAGAAUUACAAGCAGACAGGCAAUUUUGUUUUUCAUCAUGUUUAUUUCGAACAGUUCAAAAAUAUUUUUAAGAAGUAGUAGUGACCAAUUUCUUGAAGCCUAGGCGGCGCUCUCAAUUUGAUUAGCCGCGACAACAGCAGAUGUUUUUUGCGUGGGGUGGCGUGACGUCUCGGCCACUCGCAAUUGUUGGUAACUUCCCUGGGAACGGCUUCCGUCAUAGGUGCACACACCUGCGAAUCCAUGCGGGCCUUUCGACGAUCAUCAAACACCCGGAAAUGGAAAUUGUCUCAGGAAAGAUAUUGCAGGCAUACAGUCAACAUGGUGACACCCGAAAGUAUCCCAUCCAGACUUGCUAGGACCCUUUUGAGCCAGGUUCGUUCAACUCUCAUUUCACUGAACUUUUUUCUGCCAACUUGGAGAGGAAAGAUUGAAAGUGGACUCACAAGGAAGAUUUUUAGUGUAAAGUUUGAGAUUUUUCAUAGAGUUGUUCAAAAACUCUUUGAGGGUCUCGAUGAAGGUUGCUCUACAUACGAAAACUUUAGUUUUGCAGAUAUUAUUUUCCGAAGUUACAAAGCGUUUGUUGCAUGCUUGAUUUUGUAUUGAAUACAAGCUUUGAAAAAUCCAGUUCCUAAAACUAAAUUUAGCUAAGUUAGCGGCUAUGAAAAGUUUUCAUGCACUCCCCACUGAGUUUGAGCAAAUUUAUGGAAAAUGCCAAUCUCGCUCUAGAAAGACCUGUCUUGUCAGACAUGCCUCUGUACAAGCCCAAUUUUUGAAAGGCUAGAAAUUCAAGUUCAGGAAAGGUAUCAAUUUUAGACAAGCAAUUCUUAUAUAUUUAGGAUUUUCGGUUAGUUUUUUUGAAUCCUUGUUCGAAAAACGUUUAUUUUGAAGGCAGCUAGGCAUUUUGAAGUUUUUAUAAAUGUUUUUAUUUUCGAAGGGAUUUCUCGAAAUGAACCACAAGUGGAUUUUUCUGCACUCUACUGUUUUUAUCCUCGGAGAAAAUGCUCAGAGUGGUUCAGGCGCACCUCUGUCCGUUGCCCAAUCACAUUUCGCCGACUUUGCCCGAGUUUGGUCAUGCUCUGGCCUUACAUCCGCUCCCAGACGUUCUCGUCGCGGCGGACCGCUUUGAGUCGUUCGUUGAGAAUGUCGCGGGCUCUGGUUUCGCUUUUCUUCCAAUUUUUCUUUUCAAUAACACGCUUUCAUCUGUCAUAAUUGAAUAGUUGUGAAGCGAUAACGUGCUGAACGAAACCCAAUUAGUCGUUUCUAGGAGCCGUUGUCGCCAACCCAGGCUCGUUCUCUCGGAGCGCUUUCACCUUCCAGGUGUACUAUCCGCAGCAAGGCAAAGUCGAGAUGUCGCAAAUUCCAGACUAAUUCUUUUUUUUAUUCACAGUUAUGUGGGAUUUUUUUAUUAUUUUUUUUCCUACUUCACAAUCCUCAGAAAAAAAUCACUCAAUCACUUUUUUUAAAAAUAGAAAAAUAAAAAAAGGUUUUUCACAAUUUUUUUCAAAAAUUUUUCAGUUUUUCAUGUAUCUCAUGACCUCAGAAGAACUCACUUGAACAUGCCUUAACUCUUUUUUUCUUGAAAUAAACACUUUUAAUACGGCUUCCAAAAUGAAGCUCCUAAUCGGAAUCUCUUAUCAUCGUGUUCACACAUUAUGCCAGACUAACUUUCCGAUUAGUUUGAAACUUGAUUGAUUCUUUAAAAAAUUCAGCUUAAAAAAACAAAAAGCUGUUGUAUAUACGCUGUCUCAUAAUUUGCUGGGCGGCGACUCUGCCGACAGGUGGAAUCUCAGCGAAAGGCAUAAAUACAGACGCCUGGCUAGAAAAGGUUUGUACAUUUUUCGAGAAUAUCGAGUUUUUUGCAAAGUUUCGCUCAAGUAUUUUAUUACUCCUAUAUUAUCCUACUGUGUCAAAACUUACUGUUUCCAAAUAUAUAAUUCUUAUCGCGUUCAAUCCCCUACUUUAUAAAAUUUUUCCGAAUGCAGAAAACCUACUUUCGAUGUAUUGCAAAAAAGUAAAACAUAACUUAUGGGGUUGAUUGUGAUUGUAAUUUCAUUCGGAAAGUCGAGUGAAAGUUUUUGUUUCGUAAUUUUCAUCGUUAGGAUAAUGGCUUUGCUUCUGGUGCAUGCAGUUUUUAAUUCUGACAGGUGCAUCGAACAAUACGUGACUUUUUUUAGAGACUUUUUAAGUUUUUUUCAAUUAAACCUUUUUCAAAGGGAUAAUUUUGAAAGAAACAAAGUUCUUAUUAAACCAUUUACACUAACCCAGAACGAAAAAAAAAAUGUUUUUUUUUCAUAGGCGUAUCCCGCUUUCUUGGGAAAAUUCUUUUUAACGUUUACUAUUAAGGGAGGUUAAAACGAGACAAGAAGGAAAAUCAGGAAACAAGUUAAGAAAUCGCUCCGAUCCCUUGAUUGCAAAUUUGAAAAAAAAAACAUUCUAUGUUCUAAUUUUUGUUCAUUUCAAGUUCAAGGUCUGGAUCCAUGACUCUUGAAGUUUUUUGGUUUUUUAAUAAUUUUUUAAAUUGAGGUUUUUUUGGUGCCUUGAAUGUGUAAUAAAAAUGUAUUUUUUCCGUCUUGCAGAAACAAAGAAAUAUUGCAAGAUCAUACGUCAGCCAAAAAGGUUGCACUCAUUUUGUUCAUCCCACUUACAACAAGAUAAAAGGCAUCUUGUUUACCAACUCAAUUCUCCGAGACAAUAAAAUAUGCCGCUUAAUUUUGACCAUAGUCCUAACAAUAGGACUUUUUUCGUUUUUUUUUUUUUGGAAUUUUUCAGUCGAUCUCUUAAAGAUUGAGUUCUACUUAUUGUUUUAGUUGGUUUUGAACUUGAGCAUCGAUGUUGUAUUAUGAGCAUGAAAAAUUCUUUUUUCAUUAGUUUUCUUUACGUUAAAAGGUCAAAAUUGACAGGGUACCUCGGAAAAACGUGAGGAUGAGUGUGAAACUCUGUCUAUUGGCUGUCGUCUUCGCAGUCGCCGCCGCGAUUUGCACGGCGAACGUAGCGACAGGAAGGUUUUCUACAUGACUUUUGAACAAAAGGAAAACAUUUGUAUCAGACUGUCUUUGCGACCUUCUGCGGGGAAACGUGCCGUUUUGCUGGAAAGACGAUAUGUUCCAAUACAUAAGCGCAGCGGUAAGAUUUACUUUUUUUCUUGAUUGUUUUCGUUUUCCUUCUAAAUUACUUCAGCUCAUUCGAUAGGAAUCGGAUCAAUCUGAACUCAAUGUGUAUAUUUUCCCUCGCCGACAAAAAAAAAGUUGCACAUAAAAAUGAGAGCGUUGCCGAGCAGAAAAAGCGCGAAAAUUUUUCGAUUUUGGUAACUGGGCGAUUAUUGUGGACCUUUUGUACUAUCUUGAAUGUUCGAUCCAGUUCCUGAGAAAACAUAACAUAAUGUGUCGAAAAAAAAGCCAUUUUUUGAAUCUUCUGUUGCAAAAAGCUUCAAACUCCAAUGACGCCUUUUCCAAUAGGUCAAGGUGUUUUAUAUGGUUUGAAAAAGUCCUUGGCUCAGAGGCGGACUUACUGGAGUCGAGAUGCGGCGCAGGGCCGCAGAGCGAGCUAACGUCCCGCUUAAAAGUUCUCAACCAAGAGAUGAGCGAGAUCAUCAGCGUCCUCGAAGUCUGUCGGAUGUUCUCUCUCGAAGACGAUCAGUACAUUUGA